UAAUGCAAUGUUUUUAGUUUCCUUUCAUAUUUCGAUAAGUUAAUUCAAAAUGUUUAAUUCCACAGCUAUACUCUAAAUUUUUUUUUUAAAGUCAUAUUAUACAACAUUAUGGCUCCGAGAAUAAGUAGUUGGYCUGUAUGGAAUAAUUUAUCAAGUACGGAUCACAAUAUAAGAUCGGUGGAUAGUUGGAUUGAGGCACGCCGAGAGGAAGAUGGCGCUGACGAAUUGUGGAGAAUUUACGAUGGAUUGUAUGAUCUUAAACAAUGGAUACAYAAGCACCCUGGAGGAUCGCAAUGGCUAGAAAUUACAAAAGGUACGGAUAUUACAGAAUUGUUUGAAACGUAUCAUUUUAAUCAAAAAGCCGCGAGGGAAGUGAUGGGUAAGUUCUUUGUGCGCCGGGCAAAGACGCCAAGGAAAUCGCCUUUCACGUUCAAACCUGACGGAUUUUACAACGUGUUGAAGUCUCGAGUUAAUAAAAAGUUAUCCCAAAUCAACCGUCGUGAUGUCUCCAUCAAAUCUAUGCUGGUCAUCGACACUUGGUUUUUCGCAACAUUAGUCCUCUGCGCGGCAGUCGCACGAACUCAAAGCACAUUUUUGGCCAUAUUGGCAGGUAUCAGUUUGGGGCUUGGAACCGUYGCAAGUCAUAAUUUCACUCACCUCAAAGACAAUUGGAGGAUGUAUUACAUGCAGCUAAGCAUGUUCUCGGUGAGAGAAUGGAGAAUAUCGCAUGUAGUCAGUCACCACGUUUACACCAACACUGUACACGACUUAGAGAUGACGUUGCUGCAUCCAUUUAUUCAUUGGUUUCCCACCGAUGACAAACCGCUUUUAGUUCGUUAUAUACCGUAUCUAACUCUCAUUGCCUACCCUUUAAUUGCACCGGUACAAUUUUUCAUCAGUGGUGAAGACAUUGAUUGGGGAAUUCAUCAAAUUGACACCAGUGAGGAACGGAACGAGAUAACUGAUAAUAUAUUUGUGUCCUUGGUAACGUUUAGUGACCAUACGUUGCAUCAUUUAUUCCCGUCUUUAGACCACAGUUUAAUACCAUUCUUGCAAGAAAUUUUCCUAAGCACAUGUGAAGAAUUCGGCUUGGAUAGAACAUCAAAACCAUUCUCAUCUAUUAUACGCGGACAGUUUAAACAAUUAGUUCGCCUGACUCCAAACAAUCCGAAGAGAAAACAUUGUUUAAAAAACUAACAUUACCCAAGCAUAKAAAAUACUUUUUUAUUUUUUAUUUUUGYAGACCUAAAUUAUGAUUUAUGGUAAAUGUUUUUUGACAAUUAGGUUUAUAUAAUUGCUUUUAAAAAAUUUAUUUCUCUAUAAAAUCUGAGUGCUAAUAUAAUCAAAUGCAAAUUUUAAUCAUUAUCUACGGGGAAUUAUAUAAUUUUACAUUAAUUAUAUAUUACAUCUGCACGCGUGGUU